UGGCCGUCACAUUUACGUACAAGAAAUCAAAGUAAAAAGUUGAAUUCGAAGUGAAGAAUAUUUAAGUGAAUUAUUAAACUCUAACUAAACAAUAAAAUAAUUAACAUUUUUAAUACAUUAAAGAAGUGAAUAAUAACAGAGAAAAUGGUAGCAAUUGGUAUUGAUUUGGGUACAACAUACUCCUGUGUUGGUGUAUUCCAACAUGGAAAAGUGGAAAUCAUAGCCAACGAUCAAGGCAACCGCACAACACCCAGUUAUGUUGCCUUCACAGAUUCGGAGAGACUCAUUGGUGAUGCGGCGAAAAAUCAAGUUGCGAUGAAUCCUCAGAAUACAGUGUUCGACGCAAAACGUUUAAUUGGCCGUAAAUUCGAAGAUCAAAAGAUUCAGGAUGAUAUGAAACACUGGCCCUUCAAAGUGGUAAAUGAUUGUGGAAAACCAAAGAUUUCAGUGGAGUUUAAGGGUGAACAAAAGAAAUUUGCUCCCGAGGAAAUUAGUUCCAUGGUGUUGACAAAAAUGAAGGAAACGGCUGAAGCCUUUUUAGGCACUACAGUUCGCGAUGCAGUCAUUACAGUGCCAGCCUACUUUAACGAUUCACAGAGACAAGCCACCAAAGAUGCUGGAGCAAUUGCUGGUCUAAAUGUAUUGAGAAUCAUCAAUGAACCCACAGCCGCUGCUUUAGCUUAUGGCCUGGACAAAAACUUAAAGGGUGAACGUAAUGUUUUAAUCUUUGAUUUGGGUGGUGGUACUUUUGAUGUUUCCAUUCUCACAAUCGAUGAGGGUUCAUUGUUUGAAGUGCGUGCUACAGCUGGCGAUACUCAUUUGGGUGGUGAAGAUUUUGACAAUCGUUUAGUCAAUCACUUUGCCGAAGAAUUUAAGCGUAAAUACAAAAAAGACUUGCGUUCAAAUCCUAGAGCAUUACGUCGCUUAAGAUCGGCUGCUGAACGUGCAAAACGAACAUUAUCAUCCAGUACUGAGGCUACAUUAGAGAUAGAUGCUCUAUUCGAAGGUGUGGAUUUCUACACUAAAAUAAGCCGUGCUCGUUUCGAAGAAUUAUGUGGUGAUUUGUUCCGCAACACUUUGCAGCCGGUGGAGAAAGCCUUAAAUGAUGCUAAAAUGGAUAAGAACCAAAUCCACGAUAUUGUUUUAGUAGGUGGUUCUACACGCAUUCCUAAAGUUCAGAAUCUACUGCAACAAUUCUUCUGCGGAAAAACUCUAAAUUUGUCCAUUAAUCCUGACGAAGCUGUGGCCUAUGGUGCAGCAAUUCAAGCCGCUAUUCUCAGUGGCGACAAGAGCAGUGCCAUUCAAGAUGUUUUGCUAGUGGAUGUGGCACCUCUUUCACUGGGCAUUGAAACAGCUGGAGGAGUAAUGACUAAAUUAAUUGAACGCAACAGUCGCAUUCCAUGCAAGCAAUCAAAGACCUUUACCACAUAUGCUGACAAUCAACCAGCUGUCACGAUACAGGUCUUUGAAGGUGAAAGAGCAUUAACCAAAGACAACAAUCUUUUGGGCACCUUUAAUUUAACUGGAAUACCGCCAGCACCUCGUGGGGUUCCUAAAAUAGAUGUAACAUUUGAUUUAGAUGCCAAUGGUAUUUUGAAUGUAACUGCCAAAGAAAUGAGUACUGGUAAUGCCAAAAAUAUUGUCAUCAAAAAUGACAAAGGUCGUUUGUCGCAAGCUGAAAUUGAUCGUAUGGUCCGUGAGGCCGAACAAUAUGCAGAUGAAGAUGAAAAACAUCGUCAACGUAUAGCAGCACGCAAUCAAUUGGAAGCCUAUGUAUUCAAUGUCAAACAAUCAACUCAAGAUGCUGGCGAUAAAAUACCAAAAUCCGAUAAAGAUCGUGUCAUAGAGAAAUGUGAAGAAACCGUCAAAUGGUUAGACAACAAUACGACCGCUGAAAAAGAAGAAUAUGAUUACAAAUUGGAGGAAUUAACUAAAGUAUGUCAACCCAUUAUGACAAGACUACAUCAACAGGCUAGUGGGGGAGCUGCUGGCCCACAAGCUGGUGCUGGUUGUGGUCAACAAGCUGGAGGUUUUGGUGGUCAAAAUUAUGGUGGUCCAACUGUUGAAGAAGUAGAUUAAAUUUUUUAAUUUAUUACUUCAUAAUUUUUUUUAUUAUAAAAAGACUGACUUUUUGUUAUGAUAUCGUAUAAGUUAAGAAAUUGGUUUAUUGAAGUUAAUUUGUUUUAAAAGUUAACUUAAUUUUAAUAAUGUUAUAUGUAUUAGUUUUUUAAGUUAAUAAUUUUAUGAAAAUUUCCAGAUAUUUUCUUAAAUAUAUUUUAUUAUAAAAAUGAAAAAAAGAUGUUUUAUA